AUGGCCUCCCCUUACUCCCUCCGCAAGGUUGGUGCUCCCAACACCUUGGAGCACCGUGUCUACAUCGAGAAGGAUGGCGUUCCCGUCUCCCCCUUCCACGACAUCCCCCUUUACGCCAACCAGGAGCAGACCAUCCUGAACAUGGUUGUUGAGAUCCCCCGCUGGACCAACGCCAAGCUCGAGAUCUCCAAGGAGGAGCUCCUCAACCCCAUCAAGCAGGACAUCAAGAAGGGCAAGCUUCGCUACGUCCGCAACUGCUUCCCCCACAAGGGCUACCUCUGGAACUACGGUGCCUUCCCCCAGACCUGGGAGGACCCCAACGCCAUCCACCCCGAGACCAAGGCCAAGGGUGACAACGACCCUCUCGAUGUCUGCGAGAUCGGUGAGCUUGUUGGCUACACCGGCCAGGUCAAGCAGGUCAAGGUCCUUGGUGUCAUGGCCCUGCUCGACGAGGAGGAGACCGACUGGAAGGUCAUUGUUAUUGACGUGAACGACCCCUUGGCCCCCAAGCUCAACGACGUCGAGGACGUCGAGCGCCACCUGCCCGGUCUCCUGCGCGCCACCAACGAGUGGUUCCGCAUCUACAAGAUUCCCGACGGAAAGCCCGAGAACCAGUUCGCCUUCACCGGCGAGUGCAAGAACAAGAGAUGCCGCAGCUACGCCAUGGACGUCGUCCGCGAGUGCGCCGAGGCUUGGGAGAGACUCAUCACCGGCAAGACCCAGGCCGGCAGCGUGUCCACCGCCAACACCACCGUCAGCCAGUCCCCCGCCCGCAUCGGCUCUGACCAGCUCCCUCCUCUGCCUCCUAACCAGGACCUCCCCGCCGAGAAGAUUGACGCUUCCAUUGACAAGUGGUUCUUCAUCAGCGGUGCCUCCGCAUAA